AUGGCGACGGGUGCCUCCGCUACCAUGGCACCCCAGGCAGCGAAUCCUUGGCAGCGAACUGCAACCCCUGUAUAUUCCAUGCCCCCUCCCCUCUCCUCGUAUACACAGCGGCUAUCGAUGCCUGAGAGGUUACCGAUCCACCCACCUCCCAGCCCUGGGACCCCCGGUCACCUUCCUAGUGCAUCAACCCCGUGGUCAGCACAGGAUGAUGAGAUUCUGCUAGCCGCCCGAGCCCAAUCCCAUGGUUGGAACCAAAUUCAGCGCGACAAUUUCCCUACCAAAUCCUCAAACGCAUGCCGUAAGCGUUAUGAGCGUCUAGUUGCCAAGCGUCGUGGCUCAGACUGGAAUGAUGAGCGAGUGGACAAAGUAGCUAGCCACUACAUGCAGUUGCGGGAAAAGACGUGGCAGCCAUUGGCCGAUGCUGUAGGGGAGGAUUGGAGAGACGUCGAAAAGUUGUGUCUUGAACGAGGUGCAAGAACCCUCCUUCCAACAGUGGGGCAGCGUGACCUAGCGCACGGCGCUUCUGAGCCAGCGAGCCGUCGUGGCAGUCAUGAUAGCCACGAUGAUGAAAAGAUCAGUAUACACAAUCUUCUACAAUAA